AAAUAUUUAAUAAGAAUGGAGUUUAAGCUAGAUGUUCUGGUCUCCACAUCUAUCAAGCAAAGGAAACCAUGGCCUCGCAUCUCGUGGAUUGGGCAAAAAAAAGAGUCUGUUUUUCUUCUCGAUGAUAAACGUAUAAAUGAAAUUAACCUCUCAUCAGGAAAGACAAGGAAGAAAAUCCCUCGACUGCAGUCUGUGUUGAAAAAUGUAGUUGUUUUAACAACAUCAAGAAAUGGUGCUUGGUUGGCAGGAAUACUUAAAACAGGAGAACUAUUUCUUUGGAAUAAAGAUCAAGACUCCUUGAAAAUUGUGCCAGCAGUCGAAGAGUCUAGGAAAGUAGUUAUGGCAGCACAAGAGUGUUUAAUGAGAUUAUACUUGUAUGUAUCUGGAGAUGGCAGAAGAGCAUUGUUAACUACUCCUACUGCAUGUGUCUUUUUGUGGGAGAGCACAGAACAUGGAAAUGUGUUGUAUAAAAAUUCUUCUGGCCGUUGGAUGCAAAUUUUGCCUGAUGAGUCAGUCAUGUUGCCUUCUGCUGAAGAAAAAGAAACUGGAGUGCAUGCUGAUUUCAUACAAAAUGAGAUACUGAAUGAUUGCUGUUUGUGCUGUUUUGUGUUUUACUCUGGGGAGUUUUUGGUGCUCACAUUUUUGAUUCUUCAGUGGCAUGAAAAUAGCUUUAAAUACGUUAGUUCUGUGCCAUACCAGAUCCAGUGGGUGCAGCAGACUUGUUCCCUUGUUAAUUUGGUUCCUCGGUGUGUGCCUGUGAAGUCAAGAGGAGCUUUGUUGUGUGCAUUUGCAAGAAGUGGGCUUCUACUUGCAGUAGCUGUUAAUCAGACUGAUCCAAAGGCAACUCAGAUUUUGUUUUUAAACACAUUGAGUUUUGUAACCGUUUCGGGUAACCUUAAAGGUUGUAGUAGCAAGAGUAAUGUGGUUCCAUCCAAGUUUAUCAGAUCUUACUGGGUUGGUGAUAUGAGUUGGACUCUCGAUAGCCUUUUCUUGGCUUGCAUGUUAAAACGUGGAUCUUUGGUUUUAUUGACAUGUAUGGGUGAAUUGCUGACUCUGGUAACUUCUGGCUGCUCUGUAGAAUUUGGACCAGCAGAGUUCAUUCCAUUUCAUCCACUAAUAACAUGCAGACAGCAUUUUUCUUGUCAAGACUCCAGUCAGUCUCUUGGUUCUUCAGCUUCUGAAACUGAUUUUAUGAGACAGAAAUUCUCUGUUGCUUCACAUUCAAGAUUACCCUACCUCAUUGUGUCUGAUGGAUACAUGAUAACAGUGCUUAGAUUUCCUAAUGACCUUUCACCAUCAGGAUUUCUAAGAUCUCUUUUGCUUGAUUCUACCCAACGGCUUGAAAAUACCUGUCGGAAUUUGCUGAACUCUAAGUCUAAAGGGCGACCUCUGUGUUUACAAUCACUGUUGUCUUUAAAAGCCAGCCUUGUAAAUCAUGCUCAAAACCAAAGUUCCAUCUUCUCUACUGUUCCAAAAUUCCUGGAAGAGGACACAACCGAAAUCAGUGAGAAAACCAUGGACUACCUGGAUUAUGAAGAAGAAUCAGGUGAUGAAAAGAAGUUUUGCACUAUCCCUUCCAGUUUUUAUAACCAAAGAAUCCAUUCAUUUGUUGGUAAAGCUGACAAAGGCCAUUUAGAAUUUGCAUCAAUGUUUGAUACUAUCCAUGCAAAAGACAAUAUCGAAGAGAAAGAUAAAUUACCAGUGGAGCUAUGUUCCAUUCAGAAAAACCUCCUUGCUGCAUGGCACAUAGGGAUUUCAAAAAAUAAGGAAGUGGAAGAUACAUUUCUGGAUUGCACAGUGAACUGCAUUAUCCAUUUUUUCAACGUCCUUCAAUUUGCAAACCCUCCUUUGCUAAACCAGGAUGUGUCUUCAAAAGAAUCUGGGAAGAACAGUCACUGGAUGCAUUGUGUGAUAAAAUAUUUUCAGCAGUAUUUAACAGUUUCCUGCUGGCAUUCCAGAGCCAGUCUGACAAGGCACGUGGCAAAGCUGACAUUACAAACUUUGAAACUGAUGCUUACACGGCAGCAAGAUCAGUUGUUCUCAAAAAAUCUUUUGGCGUGCUUCCGUCUUUUGAAAAUGGUUUCUCACACUCUAAGCAGCAUGUGCAAACUACAGUAUGAACUUUUUAUUGCGUCUUCUGAUGGUAAUAAUCUUGUAGAACUUGACUCACUCACUCUGCCUGUUUUUCAAGCUCUCGACGACACUAUUACGCAACGGUUUAGCUCACCGAAGUCUUUGCUCAGAGAGCCUCCCCGAGCGGUAAACCAUGAUGCAAAAAUGGAAAAAAGGUUGGUUGUACUGUGGCAGUUACUGUAUAAGAGAGUGGUUUGGUAUCAGAUGCAGCUGCAAAGAAAAGUGAACAUGAAUGCAGAAGAAUCUGUUGUGUCAUCACUUUUAAGUCAUAUACAAGCAACAAUCCAGUCUUCAGGAGUGACCUUAGAACAACAUUUGAAGAUUAAUUCUUUGUCUGGUGAGGAGAAGUUCCUUUUAGGCUCAUACAGAGAAUGUGUGGACAUCUGGAAAAGAUCUCUUUGUGAAAUCAAGGCAAAAGGAGGAAAAAGAUCAUGUUUUCUUCAGAGUAGAUACUAUCUUGCAAUAUUAUUUUGCCAUCUCUAUCAAUAUAACUUGCUUGAAGCUCAGGGACUUUGUGAUCAUCUGGUAGGAGAGAUUCUAAGGCGGUCACAGCUCUCGGCGACGCAGACGGAAAAAUUUUCUGAUGCCAAGUAUUUUCAGCACGAGCUGUGGAUGAUAACAGAUGUGCAUACUGAAACUGCUAUGACUGUGAUUCGAUCCAUGGCACGAUUCAUGGCCGCUUAUUUCACAAAUCAGCUACUGUAUAUCUUCCCUCCACACAGUGUUGACAUCCUGCAUCCACUUCACAUCAAACAAGACUUUCCUUCACGUAUUAUACCUCUGCAACAGUGUUUGGUUACCAGAGCUGUCAGGGACCAGAACCUUUCAUCUGUGUGGACAGCAGAAUAUGCACUUGAUUUGUUCUUUAUUGGUGGACUCAUUCCAGAAGCUGUGUGGUUAACACACAGACUUGGGAACUGGAAACUGUCUGUUUCCAUUGGUGUCGCCUACCAGUUGUAUUGUCAGAACUCAGAUGAAUUGUUAAGAUUGAAAAAUACAGAGUGUCAUCUGCCAUUGAGCUUAUCACCAGUGCAUACUUUUCAGGAGAAGUUGAAAUCUCUGUUAGGCCAGCCAGCUAAUUCUGAAGCAGCAGGAUGUAUUAAAUACAAGCAGUUCACAGAUCCUAUUGAAGAAGAAGAUGCAGACGUUCUUUAUAGUUCAGUGCAGGAACUAUUGAGAGCAGCAGUUAUGGCAGAUAUUGACAUUCUCUCGGAGACAUUUCGGCUUUUGGUGGAUUCUGCCAAGGAUCUUAGCAGAAAAUUCUAUGGUUUAGUUCCAGAUGGGCUUUAUCUUCCAGCCCCACCAUUAUACUGUCCUCAGCCAGCAUCUGUUGGUGAAGCAGACUGCAAUGACAUUCUUUUUAAACUUGAGAGAGAAAGUCGUCAGAAAGUAUCAGGAGUUCUUCAGCGAAUGAUCUUGCUCUUCCGGGCUGCUUGUUGCUCCUGCCCUGCAGCACAGUGGUAUAUUGCACAACUGAAGUGGGCAAGGAGAGUUAUGCAAAAAAUUCGAAUGAAAGGAUCUCUUCCUUCACUGAGUCCAUUCCCAGAGACUUUGCUUCAUUUCUGUACUGUUUCCUGUGGAUCUGCAUCUUUUGAAGGCCAGCAGUUUGAUGAUACUACCUGUAAAAUUCUAGGUUGGUUCAGAGAGCUGUGUGCAUUGUGUUGGAUGUUUCAUGUUCGUGACAAAUUAUCCAACAGCUGUAGGCAAUAUCAAACUGCAAGGGAAGAUCAUAAGGAUUCGAAGAAGAAUGAACAUGAUGCCUCCACAAUUCAGCAGUGUCUGAAAGCAGUGGAAUGGGCUUGUCGAAUGCUGCCUUUCUGCAGGUUCAUGAAUGCUGAAGAAUUAGUACAAGAUGUCAUUUUGAGUCUGCUUGGAGAAUUGCCACCGGUGAAACAGGUGGCAGAGAUUUUUGUGAAAGCAUUUCCUAAUCCUGAAGAUGUAAGAGUUCAACUAAGAGAUAAAUACCAUGGGCUUCAUCAGCGACUCAGACACAGCAGUGUUAAAGGUCAUGAAAGUGAAGAAAGUAUGUCUAUCAUUAUACAGACUGUGGAAAAGGAAAGAACAAAGGCUUUGAAGCGUGUUAUAAAGAACAUAGGUCCCAUAGAAAAUAAUAUUUGGGAACCAGAAGAAGAGAGAGCAGCAGAUGAUGAACACUGCUAUGACAGGUUCUCAUUAGGCACUAGUCUAAGCAUAAGCACGCUCACUGAUCUUGGGAAUCCUCAGGCAUAUAGUGAUGCUGACACAGCAGAUACUCUUUCUGAUGCUUUAUUUACUGAAGGAUCAACAGCUCAGACAUCUUUACUCCACAGGCAUAGUGAACAUCAGAGACAAGGAGAAAGAUGUAGCAAAAUUACCACAAACAAAACGAAAACUCUGAACAGGAAAACAAACCUCAAAGACAAAGCGUAUGGAAAAGACAUGCAUCGUCAUUGCAAUUUGCCCGUAGUUGGGGCAUGGGAAUUUGAACGUGAUGAUGAUGAAUUUGUUAUUUUUUUAGAACUCUUUUUAAGCUAUAUUCUUGAGAGAGACCUGAUAAAGUACAAUGCCCUUGGAAUUCCGUUUCUUACUAGUUUUUCUGGACGUCUUCGUGAUCACGAAUUAAACUCUCUGUUUUUUGAUGUUCAUACCACACUAAAACGUCGUCAAGGCAAAACUAGAAGCAAGAAUGUAUUUAGAGCAGGGUCUUGCUAUACUGUCACUGUGGUACCAUGCAAUUCUGAAACAGCAUCUGUCUGUAAGGAAAACCAACCUGUUCUGGAAAAUUCAACACUUAUACAGUCCACUGUACAGACCACGGAGCUUUUUCCGCAUAACCUCAUGAAAGGACUUAAUGAAGGAUUAUUUGGUUUAAAACACAAGUCAAUUUACAGAGCUCAAAAUGACAAUCACGGAGUCACUGUUGCACCAGCAAGCCAGCCCUUUUCUAGCCAUACUUACUCUAACCCUAACCCUCAGGCAACUUCUCAGUACGUUUACAGAACUGUUGAUGCAGUUGAUACUGUACCAGCAGAAGAACUAACUAUAGAAUUGAUGGGUAAGUUGAGCAAUAUUGCAAAACUGCUUGAGUGGAUGAUCAGGUGGUCUGAUAAAAGACAGCUCUGUGGUUCCAGUGAACAGGACUCAGAAGAGAUUCUUCCAAUGAUACAUAUGAAAACAUCAGCAGCUGCUGUCCUUACCUCCUUGUGGCUGUUAGAACAGUUAAAUAGAGAUGGAUCUCAAGCAAAGAGCAUAAAAUGUAAGAGUCCGGAUAGUAAAUAUCGGAAAGAAUGCCCACCUCUGUCAGAAGCUCAAACCAGGAAAGAGAAAGAAAGUAGUAUUGAUGAAGGCUCUUCCAUACUGGCCAAUCUUUCCCUUGAUGUCCAGAGUGAUGAUCUUCAUGAAACUGACUUGGGAAUGUCUACAAAGUCAAAAUGCAUUGAUAAGAAGAAUCUUGAUGGUGGAGAGCAUUCUGUACCUCAUAUGACUGGGGGUCUUAAUGAAGUGGAAGUAUUUUCUCAAGAGGAGUUAGAUGAAACAUCAGAAAUAGAAGACUUCUUUGAAGAGCCAUAUGAAACUCCGAAGAGUUCUAAUAGCUCAGUCAAGAUCAAGCUUGUGGAAGGUCAAACAGGAAAGGUGUCCAUUUCAGAUGUAGAUAGUCCCCAAGAAGAUCAAAUGGCAGAAAAACCAAAGGAAGGAAAAGCUGAACAGAAUACUAUGUACAAUACCUACUUUUUCUUUCUUUAUAGCAUGACUGCGGUCAUUCCUAGUGCCAUUUCUCACUCAUUCUCUUCAGAACAAGAUGCAAAAGUUCCCAGUAAUACAGAUAUUUCUCUAAGUGAUGGUCAGCCAGUUGUGUCAACUAAGGUGAGUGUUGCCUCCAAUACUUCCAUUCGUGCAAAGAAUCAAGAAGAUGGUAGAGAAGAAGUCCCUACAGAAGAGGAACAAAACACAUCAGGAACUGUCAAGAAGAUGCUUCAAGAUGAAAUGUGGAAAUUAGUUCAGUUACAGCAAAUCAACUUCAUGAGUUUAAUGCAAAUAGUACAGUCAUCCUUUGCCAACUUGCCAAAUGUGCAACAAAUCUUGGAACAGCAUCAGUCUAUUCAGUUGGACAGCAGGCAGCCUGCGCACCUUACUGACAGCAAUGGCUCUUUGAAAACACAGCUGCCCACUCAAGAAGGUGAAGGAAAGCCUAAUGAAAACAGCUCUGAUGUUCAACCGAGGGACAGUUUAAGAGAUGAAAGCAGCAAUAGGCAUAUAAAAAAUCAUAUGGAUGAGAAUGUUUCUUUAAGCCGCUUGGAAAGCUACAGCAAAGAAACAGGAUUUAUGCCACUAUCUGAAGAUCUGCAUUCUUCAACACCUGCUAAACCAGUUCAUCUCCUAGCUCCUUCAGAUACCCAGAAAACACCAAAGCUUAUCCCUAUUGAAAAAAAAAAUAAUUGCUCACAUGGAUUUCCUUUGCUUAAGCUUAAAUCAGACUGUCAUUUCAAACCAGCAUUUUUGCAUGCAAUAGAAAUGUCAUCAACUAGACCACCCCUAGUACCUCGGGUAGCUUGGAGUUCAUCAGGGGCCUUACAGAACCAUCAGUCAUCAUGCACACCCAAGAAAAAUAAGUCAAAAGAAGAUUUCAGUAUGAGUAGAGAUGAUUCCGAGAUCCCAAGGCAGAUGCAUGUGGAAGAGAAAAGAUGGGCAGAAACAGUGCAUAAGGGACCUUCCCGGCAACUUAAUCUAGAUCAGUAUGAAGGACAGCAAAGGGUUUCACCUCAGCAGCAGUUCUCUGCAGAUGUGAAUAUGGACAAAUCACUGAUGACUCAGCACCCUGCUGGUAUUCCACUCUUGCACUUGCAGUAUGACCCAGUACCUAGACUUCUACCAGUUCUAAGACAGCCAAUCACUACUACUGUUAAGUCUGCAACAAAGGAGACUGACUGCAGAGAAACUCUACAGCACACAGGAAUGUCACUACUCCAUGCUAAUUUACCUCAAAAAAAGAAGGCACCAAAAUUCAUACCACUUCAAGAUCUCAUUGCAUUUGAGCAACGCCUCCAGAACCAUACUGUGCCCAGUACUACCUCUGGACAAGACCAAACUUUCCCUAUCCAGUUACUAAAAACUGAUGUUGAACCAUUUCUACUAAGAGAUGUGCAGAGUAACAGAAAAAGACAAAAGAGACGUGUUAAGAAACAAAUGGAAGAGAUGGAGGAAAAGAAGAAACCAAGUGUGUCCUUCUGCCUAGACGCCAUCACCAGCAUGAGCGAUACAGUGGCAACUGUCAAAUCAGGGACUGAUCAACAAGAAAAAUUCACAUCUUGCCUUCCAGAUAAUUUCAUUGUUUCAGUGAACACCUCAGGAGAAGCAACUACUUCAGCAGAUCUACAUUACAUGGCUUCUACAGGAAAAAAACAAGCAGAAACUCAAGAUGCAAGUACAAAUACUCACUCAGUGCUCAAAGAAUACCGAGAUGUUGGAAUCACUGCUGGAAAUGAAGUUUCUGCCAUUCAGAGAAACCAGUCAGUUGUGCCUGUUACUAUGUCAGAAUCAUCCAGUGCCCCUGAAACACUACAUCCAGAUAUGCAUUUAAGUGUGAGAUUCCCUGCUGAAGUGAAGGAGAGACCUUUACCAUCCUUUCUGUCAGAUGUGCCUGAUUUGAAUGAACAUGAAUAUCUCAGUGUCACUGACAUUGAAGGCAGUGACAUCCUUCAUUUGCCCAUGAUACUUGAGUCUGCAGAAGAGAUAGCUGCUGCACAGCAAAAUGAGGAGUUUGAAAUUCCAUGUGCUUCAGAAUGUCAUCAAAUGGCAGUUUCUGUUACGGAUGCAGUUCCACCCAGGGUGCUUCUGAAGAAAGAGGAUCAUCUGAAAAAAUUAUCAAGCCAAGUGCAGAAGGAAGAGAAGAAGUCAGAUUCUACUAGAGAUAGUGUAACUUGGAACACUGUACAUGAAGAUGACAGAGCUUUUCCUUCUUUGGGGCUUCCAUCAGUGUUAAAUGGCAAGGAAUACUUUUCCACAAAGCAGCAGGAAAUGGAUGUGCAAUUACAGAAACUACAGAACAUAACAGAAAAUAUGGAAGAGGAUUUUAGAAAUACUAGGCUGCUAGUGAAGAAAAUAGAAGAUUUUGAAAUGGCUGCUAGCUCAGACCUUGAUGCUUGUUCUUCAUUCCCUGAGGAUGCUAGAAUCGUGGAUGAUGAACAUUUUUUGGGGAGUAUAAUUUUUGACGAUGAUGAAAAGAAGCUGUUGAACUUAGAAGAUCCUUUACCCAGUUACACUGCAUUGGGAUUACGUUCUUCUGCCUCUGCACCCUCUGCUUCUAACCUUCCCAGUGGCAUAAAGUCUUCUGGCUUUCAUGUGUCUGGAGAUCUGCAUGAUAGCUCUUUAGAAGAUCCCCUGCAAAUUACUGGUCUGAGUGGUGUUGCUGACAUCAUUCGUGAUCUUGUAGCAGAAGGUGACAUCUCUCCAUCUGAACUGGGCCUUACAAAAACACAAGCUAAGAAAAUCUCUAGGAUUCAUGAUUCUGCUGCUGGACAUUCUCAAAAGACAGAAAAGGAGAACAGAGAGAUAAAGGCAUGGAUGAAAAGAAAACAAAAAGAAAGAAUGAGAGAAUAUGUGAAGAAGGUGGAAGAGCAAAGAAAGAAAGAACGUAAUCCAUUCAGUGUCCGAAAGACUAUCCCCUGUAGCCUUACUUCAAAGGACAUUAAAUUACUGCAGAAGAAGAAAGAAGAAAAAGACAAAGUCCUGUUGUCUGAAACUCACAGCAUGAGAAUAUCACAAGCACUUUCCCUGAUGGAUGAAAUGUUAUCUGAAACAGUGGUGCUACCUGCAAAAGAACAUAGGUUGUUGUCCAGGACAAGGUCACCUCAAGAGUACAGUAGAAGGAAUAGAGCGUCUACUAAAGGAGAGCAUCCAAACAAUCCGGUCCAGUCAGAAAGGAGCAAAACUGCUGCCAGACCCACCCUUGGUCAAAAAGGACACCAUUUCCUCCCAGCUCGUGGUCUAACACAGCCCAAGAGAAAUGCCUGUAUGCUCCUACAGAAAAGUACUCCCAGAGGAGGAAUGAGAAGUGUGGCAAAGUGCCCUGUUAAUUCUAGACACUCUGCUGAAUACAGAGUCAGCAGAGCAUCAAAACAAAUGCCUUCACGUGUUGCCACUGCAGUUCAGACACAAGAUGCCGACUCAGAAACCGAUCGAGAUGUAGUAAGUCCUUGGACUGUACCUGGUAAUAUCCACAGAAUACUUCAAGAUACUCACGACUCCUUGUUCCAGGCCUCUGCAGUGGACCCAGUGAGUUUCUCUCCUCCUGGCAUUAUUGACACUGAUGGUAUUUCUGAAAGCACCGGAAGCAUCCUUAGCAAGCUGGACUGGAAUGCAGUUGAGGCUAUGGUAGCAGAUGUGGAAGACAUGUGAAUAAAAUUUCUCAGCUGCUCUGCCCUUCCAGUUGCUGGUGUUUGUUUUUCUCACAGUUUUCCUAAGUACCAUUGUUCUACUUAAAAUGGAUUGAGACCUGCAUUGGUUUUCUUCUUAAGCAGCACAGAAACUCUCACUGCUUUAUGUUUUGCUUAGGUGAAAUUCCUUAACGCAUAGUUUGCUUUCCAUAUGUCUUCAAAUCCACAAGAACUAAACAUAGCUGGUCAAUGCAGAAGAGUCUUCAAGAACUUCUGGGUCAGCUACUUUGCUCCUUUUAAAUGCAUUACAAGUAUUAAUCUGUUUUAAGAGCACUGCACUACUGUUUUACCUUUGAUAUUUAACAUCACUGUGGUUGAAAUUAUAUUUGUAACUUAAUUGUGAUAACCUGAUUUAAUAAAAGUUAGUUUGUUAGUU